AUGGAGUCCCGUCGUCAAGGGAGAUCCUCGUCGAACUUGGACAACAAAGGUAAUUAUUUUAACAAAAACAAAAAUGAUGAGAAAAAAAUGGAAAAACUUCUACAAAAAAGUAAGAAAUUGUUUGAAAGUUCAGAUGAAUAGGCUUUUUCACAACAAAGUUUUUCAAUUCCUUUGUUUUUUUCUGAACACAUGAGGUCCAGAAGAUAUUUUUUUAUUGACCAGCGCUCUUCAAAAACUAGGGAAAAAUUGUUCGAAUAAAUCUAAAAAAACAUCGUAUGAUGUUAUGUAAGCCACGAAACUUAUUUAGGAAGUUUAGGUUUCCGUUCAAUUUCGGCCUGUCCUUCUCGCGUGAUCAAUCCGCAAAAGACUACUCAUGGUAAGUUUCGAAUAUCGGAUGUGUACGAGAUCAUUGGAAGUUUUCAUUCCAUUUCUCCGCAUUUCAGAAGUAGUGAUAUAUUGUUUGAACAAAAAAUUGGAGUUUAGGAGCCGCCGUCGUUCAUUCUCACAAACUCUCUGCCAUGCAAAACGAGUACCCUGGGACCUUUCCCUGGCUGUCAAAAAAAGGUAAAAUAGUUAAAAUGAAAACUUCUUGAUUUUUUCUUCAAGAUAUUCAUUACUUUAGUGCUCAUUAUGAAUGAAAGAUGGAGAAAAAAGUAUUCUUUUCUGAUAUCUUUAUACAACAAUAAUGUUUUUCAGAGAAACAAGAGAGAAAAGAAGAUGAAGAUUAUUACCUUAAAUUGAGCCAGCUGGAUCUCAAUACGGACUACGCUCAAACGCAUCAACAUCAGAAAAGACGAAGGCAAACCGAGAAGAAGAGAGAAAGGGAGUACAUUAUCACUGUGCAAACGACGGACGUGUCGAAAGAAAAGGGGGCAAAUUUUAAAUCAGUCGGGUCGAUGGGUCAAACAUUUGAAAAAGGCUCUAGCGAUUGUCAAUCUGACCUUUCAUUCUUCCAUCCACUUAAAAAAAGGAUUUUUAUUUAUUUUUUUCCAUAUUAUGUAUUGAGAUUUUUUUAUUUUUUUCGUGGUUUUUUUGUGAAAAAAAUUUAUUUUCACAAAAACUGAGAUAAAUAAGGGAAUUCGUUUGUUUUUAUUAUUACAUAAGUUUUUUUAUAACUUGACCUGAAGCAUGUAUCCUGGUUAUAAGAACUGGAGAACCAUGCCUUUUUUAAACCAGAAAAAAUCAUCUAGUUUCCGUUUUUCUUGUUCCAGUUUUCAAUUGAAUCCCUUCAUUGUUUUUUUUUGCAGUUUUUUUCCGAAAUUUUUACUACUUUGGAUCUCAAUACAAUACAUACAAUACAAUAUUUAUUGGUUGUUUUAGUCAGAUGGUAUCGACUAGGCGGUGAAAAAAUUGCUCUUUUGAGCGGCACUAACACCGCCUUUGGCGAAAAAGAAGUCAAAACAACGUGUAGUCGAUUGAAUGGAAAGCAUGGUCUUACGGUCCUUCGCCUCGUUCUUCCACAAGUUGAUCCCUCAGUUUCGCUUGUACGGGCACGGCGGUGAUGGUGGGGCUCGGGCACGGUCUCCGUGUACACUCUAGGGUAGCCUCGGCCGACUGAGAGAGCUACCACUUCGAGUGAAGAAAAUACACGGACACUCCAUCAAUUAAAAAUUAAAAUUGUUCAAUUUCGUCAGCAUUGUCUUGUGAUAAUUAACUUUUUUGUGGUUCCCAAGAUCAGUCAUCGUUUACAUGAGUGAUUAAAGACAAUAGCGUGUUCGAAAGAGUUUAUCAUAAUAGUACUAAACUUUUCGUAGAAAAUGUAAGCAAGAUAUUUCUAAAAGUGGUUGGCGGAAUGGAGCGAAUUCUCACUGAAUUUUGAGCUUUCAACUUUUUCACGGAAAGCUGAAUUCAAAACGGUCUGAAAAAAAUGUAUGGAAGUAUUUUGAUACACUGAAAAAAGGGAAAUUGAUGAAACUAUCGUCAGUGGCGUUUCCCAACAUCCUGAUUCAAUCUAUUUGAUAAAAGCUGUCCAUUUGGCUUGUAAGUAGAGGCGUUUUUCGAAGCUGAAAUCCAAAUUAUUUUCUUUCUGGAAAGUAUUCGUGACUAAGGGACAUUUCGAAAAGAGUUUGUUUUUUUAGAAAACAGUUUUUUUUACUGGUAUCAUAGCAACUCCGUCGAGAGAACGAUAACAGCUAAUUGACACGCAAACUACAGAGUUAAUGUGAAACAUGUCACCCCUACCAACUAUCUCAACUUAAGUUUCACUUCUAAACUUUCCAUUGUACUCUUACUGACGGUUUCUGCUGGCUAGCGAGAUGGAAAGAGCCAAGGCGAUCACUAAUCAACUUCAGCUUGAGGUCAAAAUAAACCGCGAGAAGGUGUCUGUCGUCUCCAAAGAGUGAGUUUUUUUUUUCCGAGGCGAGGUUAUUUACGAAACUUGUUGGAUUUUACACAUCUCAUAAUUUUUUUUCAGCCUCAUCGAGUUCUGCGAACAGAACAAGGAGAAGGACGUCCUUGUGACUGGAGUAACCGACGAACUGAAUAAUCCGUUUCACGAGAAGAAAACCUGCAGCCUUCUCUGA